UUGAAUCGCUACACAGCGAAUAAUCCACUGAAAUGUAAAAUACGCUCAGCCAAAAAAAUAGCCACAAACAACAUAGACAGAGAUUUCUAUCACAUAGAAAUAGACCACGAUGGGAAGUAUAAGUACAAAGAGGGCCAAUACUGUGGAAUCAUACCGCCAGGAAUUUCACCGAGAACAAACAGGAGGCACACACCCAGGUCAUACUCACUGGCGCCCACGGUGGAUGGGAACGACGAGUCGACGCUCUCAAUUUGCAUAAGAGUGACGAGGCCGGACAACGAGAACCUUGGAAUAUGCUCAAGGUUCCUGGCGAGCAGCGAAAGCGGCACGGAGGUGAGCAUGACGGGGCCGUUCGGAAAGAACCUGACGCUGACGGAGGAGGACAUAAGAGCGAAUAACCUGAUCCUGAUAGCAGCAGGCACAGGAAUAUCGCCGUUCAGAGGCUUCCUGAAGAGAAUCUGGGAAGACGCGGGCUGCGUGCCGGGAAGAAAAAUCGUUCUCUUUUACGGAGUGCAGAAUCAGUCGACGUUCCUGUACAGAGAGGAGUUGGAAAGGUACAAGGAAAUGCUGGGAAACACACUGGAAAUCCUUCCCUGCUACUCUAGGGAGCCUAACCAGCCUAAGUUAUACGUCCAGGAAAACAUACUGAGGAACAGUAAACCCCUGUGCGAUUUGGCAAACUCGGGAACCAAAUGCAGUAUAUUUGUUUGCGGAAGAAAGGAUAUGGAAAAGCCGGUACGCGAGGCACUAAACGAAGUAUACAAGAACACCGGAGAGGCGGAUAAGAUCCUGGCAGAAGCCAAGUACGAAGUAUACCAGUGA